UUCCUCUUCUUCUUCGUUUCCCUUUUGGGCUUGGUAAGAUCUACAAAAAAAAAAACAAAACCCUAGAAAAGGGAAGAACCAGAGUUGAAUCAAUUAGAGGAUAAAAUCGAUGGGAAGAGGGAAGAUUGUGAUCCAAAGGAUCGAUGAUUCUACGAGUAGACAAGUCACUUUCUCCAAACGAAGAAAGGGUCUUAUCAAGAAAGCCAAAGAGCUAGCUAUUCUCUGCGACGCGGAGGUCGGUCUCAUCAUCUUCUCCAGCACUGGAAAGCUCUAUGACUUUGCCAGCUCCAGCAUGAAGUCAGUUAUUGAUAGAUACAACAAGAGCAAAAUCGAACAACAACAACUAUUCAACCCCGCAUCAGAAGUCAAGUUUUGGCAGAGAGAAGCUGCGGUUCUAAGGCAAGAAUUGCAUGCUUUGCAAGAAAAUCAUCGAAAAAUUAUGGGGGAACAACUAAAUGGUUUGAGCGUCAACGAACUAAACAAUCUUGAAAAUCAACUUGAGACAAGUCUGCGUGGAAUUCGUAUGAAAAAGGAACAAAUGUUGAGUCAUGAAAUCCAAGAACUAAGCCAAAAGAGGAAUCUCAUUCAUCAAGAAAACCUCGAACUAUCUAGAAAAGUACAACGGAUUCAUCAAGAAAAUGUGGAGCUCUACAAAAAGGCUUAUACAGCAAACACAAACGGGUUUAUACACCGUGAACUAGCUGUGGCGGAUGAUGAAUCACACACUCAGAUUCGGCUACAACUCAGCCAACCUGAGCAUUCCGAUUACGAGACCCCACCAAGAGCAAGUGAAUAACAGCAUGCAUGUGGUUGAAAGUUCGAAGGUACCAUGAUGUUGAAGAACAAAUCAAAGGUUUGGUUUGAGUAAGGGUUUUACAAAGAAGAAGCCUCAAAGAAACCAAGCCAUGCAUGUUCCUUCUCAUCAUUCAUAUUUUUAUCUUUAUUUCUCCUGUGCAUUUCAAAUUUGAAAUAUAUAAUUAAAGCAAAUAUAUAUAUAUAUAUAACACAUAAGUAAAACCCCGUGAUUACUAUAAUCAUGAUCCUGAGUAUAUAUAUCUUAAUAUAGGGAUUUAUAUAUGAUCUUUCUUCUUAUAACUAUAGAGAUAUUCGCUUCAAUGGAUUUUUGUUUAAAC